ACAAAGAGAGCAGAGAAACACUAUGCAUCACACACCACUCAACUCCGGUCCCCAUAUCUGUUUCAACCAAUAACAUCUCUUCUUUCCAUAUCUUUAUCUAUUCAUUUUUCUCCUUUUCUAUUUAAUUUAAUUUUUCCUUUCAUCUCUUCUUUCCCCUAACCAAAUUUAACUUCCACUCUAUAUUAAUAAUAAAUAAUAAAAAGCAGAAAAAAAAUAAAAAAAAUAAAAUCUAGUAAUAGCUAGCAGCAAGAAGGUUUUUUCCAGUGUGCAGCUGGAUAGCUUAUUCAGUGGUUCUAAAAGUUCUAAACUAUACAUUUUUGCAUAGUUGCAAUUUUUUAAGAACUUGGGAAGUUUCUGAAAGAAAUAGGUUCAGUUGAUUUAUAGUAUAAUAGGAAAAAUUGAUGGUAUAAUAAUGGCUACUGCAGCAGUUAUUGGAUUAAGUGGAGGAAAGAGGCUAUUGAGUUCAUCUUAUCAUUAUUCAGAUAUUAUAGAAAAGUUUUCUCAUGCAUGUGACUUUGGUUCCACACAGUAUCAACUUCCUCCUUCAAAAUCUGUAAUAGUUGCAAAGAAAUCAUCAAAAUACACUCCAACUUUUCCACCAGAAAGGAAGAAUCAGUCUAUCAAGGCACUUAAGGAACACGUUGUCGAUAGCGCGCAAGCUGAUUCGGAACAAUGGUUUCAGGGAUACAAUUCUAAUGACUUUGAGGUUGAAAGCUCUGACAUGGAUUAUUCAUUGGAUUCACUUCUUUUGCUGCAGAAGUCAAUGUUGGAAAAGCAAUGGAGUCUUUCGUUUGAAAGGAAAGUGUUGAGUGAGAAUUCGAGGAGAGAAAAGAUCCGGAGGAAGGUAUCGGUGACUUGUUCUGGAGUGUCUGCAAGGCAAAGAAGAAUGACAACCAAGAGGAAGGUUGCUGCUAAAAGUGGUUCUGCAGUGAUGCAGCUGAGGUCUACAAUCAGUCCCGAACUUAUUCAAAACCGUUUGAAGGGAUAUGUGAAAGGUGUCGUGUGUGACGAAUUGCUCUCUCAUGCUGAAGUUGUAAAGCUAUCGGAGAAAAUUAAAGCUGGCCUUUCUUUAGAUGAGCAUAAAUCCAGACUGAAGGAAAGAUUAGGAAGUGAACCUUCCGAUGAUCAAGUUGCAACUUCGUUGAAGAUUUCUCGAGCUGAUCUACGAGCUAAAAUAAUAGAGUGCUCUUUAGCAAGAGAAAAGUUAACUAUGAGCAAUGUUCGCUUAGUUUUGUCGAUUGCUCAAAGAUAUGAUAAUAUGGGUGCUGAAAUGGGUGACCUUGUUCAGGGUGGCUUGAUUGGACUACUUCGUGGGAUUGAGAAGUUUGAUUCUUCAAAAGGGUUCAAGAUUUCAACUUAUGUUUAUUGGUGGAUACGACAGGGUGUUUCAAGAGCUCUAGUUGAGAAUUCAAGAACAUUAAGAUUGCCCGCUCAUUUGCAUGAGAGGUUAUCUCUGAUCCGCAAUGCAGAGUAUAAACUCGAAGAGAGAGGCAUCACUCCAACUAUUGAUAGAAUUGCAAAAAGCCUUAAUAUGUCUCAAAGGAAAGUCAGAAAUGCUACUGAGGCUACAAGCAAAGUUUUCUCCUUAGAUAGGGAAGCAUUCCCCUCUCUGAAUGGUCUUCCAGGAGACACUCAUCAUAGCUUUAUUGCAGAUAAACAAAAUGAGAACAUCCCAUGGAAUGUAGUAGAUGAGUGGGCUCUAAAGGAAGAAGUGAACAGACUCAUUAAUCUGACCCUUGUGGAACGAGAGAGAGAAAUUAUUCGUCUUUAUUAUGGAUUGGAUAAAGAAUGUCUUACAUGGGAAGACAUUAGUAAACGGAUAGGUUUGUCGAGAGAAAGAGUAAGGCAAGUUGGACUUGUUGCAUUGGAGAAACUAAAACAUGCCGCAAGGAAGAGGGAGAUGGAAGCCAUGCUUUUGAAAUAUUGAUAUGAUGGACUCAUCAUAGAGACAUGUAUAUAUACAGAACAGAAAGGAAGUAUGUACCUAGAAAUUUGACUUCCUGAUGAAAAUAGACGAGAGAAGACUAUAUAAGGGAAGAUUGAAGUUCAUAAACCCCCUGAAAAUAUUGUCUUUUGGAGUAAUUAUGUUUUAUCAAAAAUGUUGAAGGAUUAAUUUUAUAGAUCUCAACUUUCUAUUCCAAAAUUAUGAGGCGUCUGUUUCCUAGGAAGACUUGUAUCAAGAGGAGUUUCAUGAGCUAGAUACAAUUAUGUUUAUAGUAUGAAUAGCAUUUAACAUUUACUUUUAUGUCUAUCUACUAAAGUAUCACUUUGAGGUGUUA